UCGAUAGUAGCAAUAUGGCAGCCUCCACGGGAGAUACGUCAAUCGAAUGGUCAACCGCAUGCAGUAUCAGGUAGUACUGGCAGUACACCGCGUGAUUGUGUUCUUUGGUUACGUGAGAACAGUUCUCUCAACUCCAGAAUAAGUGUGAAUCAUUCUUCCAUUGCGAAGCAUGACCGAGACAUCAAACAGCGAGUUGAAAGGCCACCACGCGCGGACGCUCACACAAGAGGAAGCCGCCAAGCUCGCGAAGGAUACGGUUUUGGUUUCAGAGUUCAAGAGACUCAAGCUCGAAGCCGAAGCUCAGAAAAACUGGGACCUCUUCUACAAGCGAAACGAAACUCGCUUCUUCAAGGACAGACACUGGACUAAGCGUGAGUUCGAGGAACUCGCCGCCAGCGGUUCAGACGUGUCGGAUAGCGGGACACCGGUGCUACUGGAAAUCGGCUGCGGUGUCGGCAAUUUCGUAUUCCCGCUCAUCGAGGAAAAGACCAGCUAUUACAUAUACGCUUGCGAUUUUUCUCCGCGCGCUGUCCAGUUCGUGAAGGCGCACUCGUUGUACGACCAGCGCGCCAUCAAGGCUUUCCAGUGCGACAUCACCAAGGAGCGCCUCGUCGAUGAAGUUCCCCGCGAAGGCGUCGACGUCGUCACCAUGAUAUUCGUCCUGUCCGCCAUUCAACCCGAUAAAAUGAGCGAAGCGCUGAGGAACGUGCACGAAGCGCUGAAGCCCGGGGGCCUCGUUCUAUUCAGGGACUACGGCUUGUUCGACCAAGCGAUGCUGAGAUUUGCCCCCGGCCACAAAAUAGACACCAAUUUCUACGUGCGCCAAGAUGGUACAAGGGCCUUCUACUUUUCAGAGCAGUUUCUGGAAAGGCUGUUCUUGGACGCCGGCUACGAAGUAGUGAGCAACGAAUACGUGUGUCGUGAGACGGUAAACAAGAAGGAAGGCAUAUGUGUGCCUCGCAUAUUUGUGCAGGCAAAGUUCAGGAAGCCACGAAACAUAUCCCAAGAAGAAAGUUAUGUUUCCGCAAGCGGCUGAGGUGUCAGUGCUUUUGUAGAGAGAUAUAAAUGCGUUAGAGUUCAAGUAAUGACAUUUAUUCCAUUUUCAUGGCGAAGUGCAUGUGUUGAGCGGAUUUGUUGAUCUACGCAAAGUAUGUUAAGAUUGUGAGAAACUUGACAUCGUGAAGAUGUGGUGUAACUGCUGUCAGUGUUGCUGUAGGCCAGGUGUUCCCUAGCUUUAUGGCCUUGGGGUGCUAUAAACGGACUAUGAUGAUGAUGAUGAAUUGUGGCUAACCCCUUGUAACAGGCGGGUUAUUUUAAAGCGCCCUAGACGGAGAAAAUAUAUAUCUGGCAAAAAGGCCAGCAUACAGCCAGUGUACCAGACCAAUCUAUACUUCAGGCGUGCGUGUGUCUGUGAUCCUGUGCAAAAUAGGUGAUCAUAGGGGACACUGUCAUAUGCCUUUGAUACGUCCAGAAACCACCCAUAGAGGCUUCUCGACUUCUUGCAGGCUACUUCCACUGUUUGAGUCAACAUAAGAAGAUUGUCCUCUAGGUGCCUGCCAGCUAGAAACCCAUUUUGUAGUUCUGUGACCGCAUCGUCAUUCUCUGCCCAUGCACUCAUCCAUGUCUUCAGGAUUUGUGCGAAGAUACAGUAUAAGAUGCUUGUCACUGCCAACAGUCUGUAAUCACAAUACAGCAAGAGUUAGCACCCUCUAUCCAAUGAAGUUGUGGGUGCAACAUGCCUGACUACACCUGGGGGACUUUUGGACAUCACAGAAUUAAAACAUGUCUGCCUGUA